AUGGUUCGCGGAGAAGCAUCAAUCGUCAAGUGCCACUACAAGGGCAAGACCGAGGACUUUGUCAUCUUCGUCGACGACCUCGAGUCUGCUCAGAAGUGGAAGACCGACAAGAGCAUCCCUCUCGCUCAGGUCGUCAGCUCCUUCAAGGUGUUCGUUAGCAAGCAAGGCAAGCAAGGUCCCCUCGACGGUGCCUCCAACCAAACCCUCGAGACCGAGUUCGGUACCAGUCAGGAGGAAGAGGUCAUCAAGCAGAUCAUCGAGAAGGGAACCAUGCAAGAGACUGAGGGCGUCGCUCGACAAGGCACCAAGAACGACAGCAUGGGCUCCCGCGCCGGCCACUAA